AUGAUUUUUCAUAAAUAUUUUCUUCUAUCAGUGGCUCACUUUAAAGAAUACCAAGUUAUUGGCCGUCGUUUGCCAACUGAAUCUGUUCCAGAACCAAAGUUGUUCAGAAUGAGAAUCUUUGCCUCAAAUGAAGUUAUUGCCAAGUCUCGUUACUGGUAUUUCUUGCAAAAGUUGCACAAGGUUAAGAAGGCUUCUGGUGAAAUUGUCUCCAUCAACCAAAUCAACGAAGCUCAUCCAACCAAGGUCAAGAACUUCGGUGUCUGGGUUAGAUACGAUUCUAGAUCUGGUACUCACAACAUGUACAAGGAAAUCAGAGAUGUCUCUAGAGUCGCUGCCGUUGAAACCUUAUACCAAGACAUGGCUGCCAGACACAGAGCUAGAUUUAGAUCCAUUCACAUCUUGAAGGUUGCUGAAAUUGAAAAGACUGCUGACGUCAAGAGACAAUACGUCAAGCAAUUUUUGACCAAGGACUUGAAAUUCCCAUUGCCUCACAGAGUCCAAAAAUCCACCAAGACUUUCUCCUACAAGAGACCUUCCACUUUCUACUGA